AUGAAGUCUCUGGUCACCAAGUACCCAUGGGUGUUGACGCUGCUGCUGCUGCUGCUGCCGCCACUCAAGCUGCGAGGGGAGUACUGGGCUUACAGGGAAUAUGAAAUGAUGCCUGUGUUAGGUGACUACCUAAGGGAACUCCAUAGCACAGGGCCUACCAAACCACCUACCAAAGAAAGAAUCAUAGAAAAGAUCAUUGCUGAUCCCGAGCGACCUUUGGUUGACGAUGAUUACUGCGACACUGAACUCGUGUUUAAAAAUAUUCACGAUAAGCUUCUCUGUUAUUCGGAGUACUACCUUGUAUCUGCGACCUAUCAAGACCUACAGAAGGCCUGCUAUGGCAAACAAGUGAAAUGUAAGAAAGGGGCUUCAUUUUGCAGAAGAAGCACGGAAUUAAUGAAAGGAGUGAGGUGUGCAUUAGUGAGCGGAGAGAGGAUAUCAGAGUGCCUGUACGAAAGCAUCUUCCUGACAGGUUACCCGGUUGUCACUUGUCAAUGGGACGAUGAAACCCAAGAAUUUAUCCCUAACCGUGUACUUGAUAUAGUGAUACCUAGGAGCAAGAAAGUAUCAUAG